GGGUUGUUUAUCUUGUAAGCCGAUAAGACCUUUUUACCAGGGAAGAAGGGUGCAUUGUCGUUCUUUGCAUCAUUAAACAUAUUCCCUCAAAGGGGGAUAUCUCGACUUGACGAAAGAGCUCUUCAAUACUGAACAAUAUGGUGUCGGAAGGACUGGGGGGCAAGCGAGUUCGUCACACGACAGCAUGGCGCCGCAGACGCGGAAUGCCAGAUAUAAAACAAAAGGCAGAAAAGCAACGAUAUCUUACCCGAGAAGAAGAACAGGUGUUACUUGCUAGCAUCAGAGCCACGCUUCAAGCAACAGGCGAAGUUCGUUCACGCGAAGUACGCGAACUAGCAGGAGACAUUAAGCGCCGCCGUUCGCGAAACAUCAAUGACAACACGGUCACCCAACUAAUCGCGAAUCCUGGGGGAAAUUGGCCUGCUCAGUUCCUGGGAGAAAAUCGUCGCGAGCUCAAUAUAAGGAAAUCGGGGGGCGGAGCUUGGUUGACAGUCAUUGGAGACUUUGUUGCUAUGCCUUCAGAUGUCGAGCAGCUUUGCUCGAAGUGUGUAUCGAUCGAUUUGCGACUAGAGGCGGAAUUAGCACGGCGACCCAACGAAAGUCGUGGAAUCAUUACUUUCCAGCCUUCUCCAGACAAUACAGGGAGAAUACAAUGUAAAUUGUGCAGAUUUGUGGAGGACUGCGCAUGGAGCUGGGACUGGCCGCCUGCCGACAAGUUUUCGUUGCGAAUUCACCAUAUGGACAGCGUUUAUGGUCCUACCCUUGCUACAAGCAAGAUCCUGCUGAGUAUUUCUAUGACGAACAGCUCUUCUAAGAAAAAGCACCAAGGUUGGAUUGUUCCAAUACCGCUUGGCACUGAUGCAAGCAUUGAUACUAGAGGGGCCUGGGGGCAACUAGGAAAGGCUGUUGACCUCAAUCAGACAAGGGACUGGCUCAGAUUUUGCGAUCAAAAUCACACGAGCGGUUGUAGGAUGCCCAAGCUCGACACUAUCCCAUUUUUUCGGCUCAUCGACUGCACAACUCGUUCAAUUGUCAAUGCACCUGAUCAAACCAACUAUACGGCAUUAAGCUAUUGCUGGGGUCCUUCUUCAGAUCCGCGACAAGAGGAUUGGACAGAACUACCCUCAGUCGCUCCACUGGUCAUCGAAGACGCGCUCAAAGUUACUCGAGAGCUUGGCAUCCCUUACCUAUGGGUUGACCGAUAUUGCAACUCACAAUCGGAUCCUCAUGUUCUGCCCAUACAACUACAGCAUAUGCAUGCUGUCUACAGAUCUGCAUACGUCACUAUCGUUGCUGGUUCCGGAAUUGAUCCAACCUUUGGUCUUCCGGGUGUAUCUACUCGCGAACGGAAGCCGCAAGUCUCUGUACAAACUCACGGCUAUUACUUGCAUUGUAUCCCAGAUGUUGGGCAGGAGAUUCGGAGCAGUAGAUGGUCAACGCGUGGAUGGACCUACCAGGAGAAUUAUUUAUCGAAGCGACGUCUGGUCUUUACAGAAACGCAAACCUAUUUUCAGUGUUGGAAUAUGCACUGCUGCGAAUCUACUCCGUUAGACCUGGAAAAGGCCCACACGAAGAACCUCGAGAGGUUCAGAGAUACUAUACAUACCUUUCGCGUGUAUCCUCAAAAGGGUAUUGGAAAGACAAGCAACGAUGUCGAGCAACGGAUCCAAGAAUACCUUGGUAGAGAUCUGACUAAAGACUCUGAUGCAUUGAAUGCAUUCCUUGGGAUAUUCCAAGCAUUUCAAGAGCUGGAAGAUCCAGUUUACAAUUUUUGGGGGUUACCGAUCAGUGACGAACGCUCGAUAACACGUACGCACCACACUGUUGUUGAACCAAGCAAGGCGGACGAACUUUAUGGUUCAUUGCUAUCUUCAUUAGCGUGGUCAACAGACUUUUGUGAUAAUGCUAGUACGCAUCUUCUGACGAGGAGACUUAUGUUUCCUUCAUGGACCUGGGCGGCCUGGAAGUGUCUCCCUCUUUUCUCUCGGAAAUCGAUUACGAUGACCCUCGAUUCGCCGUCUAUAAGCUUCAAGACGUACCAAGGGCAAUCUGUGAAGGGUGAACGACUUUUCAGCGCACUAAGGUCGAGUAACAGUACUGUCGUCUUUGAGCCAUGCAUCUACCUUGACGGAUGGGUCACUGAUGUACGUUUGUUGCAGGACGCUUCCAAUGAGAAAGCCAAUCGAGGUUUCCAAGUUCUUUGGCCCAUACCGACCCAUAGAGUGACUAUUGUUGCCGAUACCAGCACAGCGACUUCUCUUCGGAAGCAGGCCUUGUCAGGUUCAUUCCCUGUUCUACUUCUGGGUAGCGAUUCUAUUUUUGAAAACAAUUCCGCCACUCCAACAGACGGUCUUAAGGACGUACAUGCAAUAAUCAUGCAACCUGGCCCGGGCCGUACGCAUACACGACUUGGAGUUGUAUCCUGGAGUCGCUUGGGAAUGCCCUCAUAUGGUGAAGAAGGAAAUGUGUUAAGAAUCAGAGAGCUAGUUGAGGUUCGAAGAAUUGUGCCUCCGUGUCGUUGUGGCUGCAAACCUUCGACCGCCACUUUCAUCAAUCGCUACAUGGAACUUCCUGAUCAUGUGAUGGAGUUUAGAAGAGCGAAGAUCAGACUUGUCUAGACCAGUAGAAUGUCAGAUAUCAUCAAGUUGAGGAAGUGUGUCAGAACGACUUUCAAAGGAAGGUGUGACUAGUAAUGAAAUCGAGUACCAAGAAGAUGAAUAGAGUAAGAAUGUCUACAGAGAAAGAGAAGUAAGCGUGACCGCAAUGUGAUUGAAAUGGCUCAAGACUGCGAUCGUUGGAUCAAGAGUUCAGCCGCUGUAUCGACACGAGA